CUGCAAUUUACUUUUGCUUCGCUUUUUUUGGUUUUGGACAUAUUGCCCGGUUGAUUGUCGAGUCUCUCUCAGUUCGCAAUGUUCUCUUGGAUUCGGCUCCUCGGAGCCCUUCUUCUACUUGCCUCUGUGGCUCACGCGCAGUUCCAGUUCUUUGAGCAUAUGUUUGGAGGUGGCGGCGGUGGUGGUGGUGGUCACCAGGGUCGUCAGCAGGCGGCGCAGAAUGUUCCGAGUGAUAGCUCGCGGUAUCAGAGUCAGUGGGAUUCAGCCCAUUGCGAUAAAUACCUCUGUCCUGGUACCCUUGCAUGCGUCCAUUUCCCGCACCAUUGCCCGUGUCCGCACCCCGAUGUCGAAGAGAAGGUUGAACUUGGCGAAGGAAGUGCCGUUUGUGUGUCCAAGGGGGGAUAUAAGGCGGGAGAGGCGGCGCGGAAGAUUGAGUUGGCGCGCAAGGGUCUUUUGUGAUUGAGGUGUCUCGACGAGAUGAUAUGUGUGUCGCUUUCGGCUUGAUUGGGAAAGCAUUGGUGUUCGUGUUAGCGCUUAUUGGUUUUGGAUAUUCUUGGGGAGCCUGCUGUCCAGGUGCUAUUUCUGAGACCUGCGCAUUGAACUGCGUCGCGGUUGAAUGGAUCUUGCAGCAUUAUUGCCUUGUUGGUGUCAAGGCGCUCUUGGAUAUUGCACAGGCAGCUGCUUUUGUGCUAUGAAUGGCCAGCAGCUCGAAUUCCGGGUCAUCCCCUUGCGAUUGGGUUGUUGAUCAGAGACACCAACCCAUAUCUGGUUUAUACGUUCUGGGCAUCUGUGCUUACUUCCCGGCCUGGUUACAGCAAAUAAUAGCAUUCCAAUGUCAUUUCC